AUGGGCGCCCUUUGUUCUACCGUUGAUAAAGACGGGGACGAGUCACCAGAGGGGAAGGGUCGGUCUCAGCAGUUCCCUCAAACAGCUCGAAGACUCCGAAAGAUACCUCAAUUUGGGAGACCAGGAACGAGAUCUCAGACAGACCACCUGACCGACUUAGACAUGGACGCUUACAACAAGGCGUUGGAAGCACUUCAAUCCGAGGAGAAAUCAAGGGCGUUCGAUGCUCAGCUUAUCGCCGCGUCAUCAGAUGUCGAAAAGACAGCCGCUGAGAUAGUACGGAAGAUUCGAGGCUAUGAUUGGGAUCACACCUACAGCAAACCCCUAAACGUGGACGGCAAGCGAACUCAGGGAGAGCAUUUCCUUGGCAAUGUAGACCUCAUCAACAAGACGGAACUGUUCAAGAUUGCGAAGAUGAUGCCAAAAGGCGCUCAUCUUCAUAUACAUUUCAACUCCUGUCUUCCAGCCAGAUUUCUCAUCAAGCAAGCUAGGGAAAUCGAGGCAAUGUACAUCCGGAGUACACUUCCUUUGACUACACCACAGAACUGGAUCGACUCCCGGAUAUCAUUUAUGGUUAUGACCCCAAAUGAGGCAACUCAUGUUAAAGAUUCAGAGGGUAAUGAGCAAUUCGUUGAGUUGGGAAAUAUCUUCGAUGAACAAUAUGUGUGCAACCGAUGGAUGCCUUACAAACAAUUUCAGCGCCUCUUCUUCUACAGAGAUGAUUCUGGCCGCGAAUGGCAACGGACAAGUGGUGCAGAAGCUUGGCUAGAGAUGAAGAUGCAUAUCUCAGAGGAAGAAGCCCAUGGUAUUAGGCAGACCAGUCGAGGUAUCUGGGAGAAGUUCAACCAUCGCACGCAAAUGAUGAAAGGACUAUUUGCCUACGAAUCCGCUUUUAGAAACUAUACUAGAGCAUGCAUCAUGGACUUUGUUAAAGACAACAUUCAAUACGCCGAGAUCCGACCUAACUUCAUGGCGACUAAUACACUUAAGACGGAUGAUGGGACUCAACUAAUCGGCAACGAUGGCAUUAUGGGAAUCAUCGACGAGGAGCUCAAAAACACCAUGAAGCAGAUCAGCGAGAGCGAACAGUACUUUGGAGGGAUGAAAGUCAUAUACUGCACACCGCGAUCUUUUAAGAAAGAGCAGGUGGAGGCUUCUCUGAAUGAGUGUAUAGAUCUGAAGUUAAAAUUUAGAGAUUUGCUGUGUGGUUUCGAUCUUGUUGGGCAUGAAGAAAUGGGCAACGAGCUUCGACACUUCGUUCCCGAGUUCUUAAGCUUUCGGAAAAAGUGCGACGAUCAAAAGCUGGAUCUCCCAUUCUUAUUUCAUUGCGGCGAGACUCUUGAGGUUGGUGAUAAAGUUGACGGUAAUCUCUUCGACGCUGUUCUACUGAACUCGAAACGAAUCGGUCACGGAUAUGCCAUCGCCAGACAUCCUGUGAUCAUGGAGAAAUUCAAGGAGAAAGGGAUUGCUAUUGAAUCAUGCCCAAUAUCCAAUGAGAUUUUGGGUCUUACUCCGAACAUUGCUGGCCAUCACUUGCCUAUUUUACUGGCGAACAACGUGCCUUGCACGAUCAACAGCGACAAUGCUACAUUCUACAAAUCUUCUUUGUCACAUGAUUUCUACCAAGUGAUGAUUGGCGCCGAGUCCAUGAGCUUACAAGGCUGGAAGCAACUCGCCAAGUGGAGUCUGGAGCACAGCUGCAUGGAUCCAGAACAAUUAAAAUCAGUCACCGCCGAGUGGACGAGGAAGUGGGAUGAGUUCUGUCAAUGGAUUGUCAAUGAAUACGGCCCGAUGAUGCAAAACUGGGAGCCAGAACCAGGUCGUCAUUGA